CGUUCUAAAUAACUUCAUCAAAACUUCUUUCUGGUCAGAGUGAAGCAAUAAUUAUUAUUGACAAUUAUUAGCGAUUAAUAAGCUAGAUACAUUAUGGCGAGCACUAUUAAGGAAGCAUUAUCAGUUGUAAGUGAAGAUCAGUCUUUGUUUGAGUGUGCCUACGGGACUCCCCAUCUUGCUAAGUCAGAGAUGACCGCUUCUUCUUCCAGUGAAUAUGGGCAAACAUCAAAGAUGAGUCCACGUAUCCCACAACAGGACUGGUUAUCCCAGCCUCCAGCCAGAGUCACUAUAAAAAUGGAAUGCACCCCAAAUCAAGUUAACGGCUCAAGGACUUCCCCUGACAACUGCAGUAUGACAAAAAAUGGAAAGAUGACUAAUAACACUGAAAAUGUUGGCAUGAACUAUGGAAACUAUAUGGAAGAAAAGCACAUCCCUCCACCGAAUAUGACCACCAACGAACGAAGAGUUAUUGUUCCAGCAGAUCCUACAUUAUGGAGCAGAGACCAUGUACGCCAAUGGCUAGAAUGGGCUGUCAAGGAAUAUGGCCUCCCAGAUGUGGACAUCAUGCUAUUUCAAGAUAUUGAUGGAAAAGAGUUGUGUAAGAUGACCAAAGAUGACUUCCAGAGGCUCACACCAAGCUACAAUGCAGACAUUCUUCUUUCACACCUACACUACCUCAGAGAAACUCCUCUUCCACAUUUGACUUCAGAUGAUGUUGAUAAGGCUUUACAAAACUCUCCACGGUUAAUGCAUGCUAGAAAUACAGGAGGUGCAGCAUUUAUUUUUCCAAAUACUUCAGUUUAUCCUGAAGCAACACAAAGAAUUACCACCAGGCCAGAUAUGCCUUAUGAACCAGCCAGAAGAUCAGCAUGGACAAGUCAUGGUCAUCCUGCUCCUCAAUCAAAAGCUGCCCAAGCAUCAUCUUCCGCUGUGACCAAAACAGAAGACCAGCGUCCUCAGUUGGAUCCUUAUCAAAUUCUUGGUCCAACAAGCAGUCGUCUUGCAAAUCCAGGGAGUGGGCAGAUACAGCUGUGGCAGUUUUUGUUGGAGCUUCUGUCAGAUAGCUCCAAUUCUAAUUGCAUCACCUGGGAAGGUACCAAUGGAGAGUUCAAGAUGACUGACCCAGAUGAAGUUGCACGGCGCUGGGGGGAAAGGAAGAGCAAACCCAAUAUGAACUAUGACAAGCUCAGCCGUGCUCUUCGUUAUUAUUAUGACAAAAAUAUAAUGACUAAAGUUCAUGGUAAACGUUAUGCCUACAAAUUUGACUUCCAUGGAAUUGCUCAAGCCCUUCAACCACAUCCUCCAGAAUCAUCCAUCUAUAAAUAUCCAUCAGACCUGCCCUACAUGAGUUCCUAUCAUGCACACCCCCAGAAAAUGAACUUUGUUGCUCCUCAUGCUCCUGCUUUGCCUGUUACUUCCUCCAACUUUUUUGCUGGACCCAGUCCAUACUGGAAUUCACCAACUGGAAGCAUCUAUCCCAACACUAGGCUCCCAACCACUCAUAUGCCUUCUCACCUUGGCACUUACUACUAAAGAGGGAAGAAUAUUUUAAAGGGUAUGUUUUCCUGGAAUACAAGGAAUUAGAACCAACAAAUCUGAACAAAAUGUGCCUGAAAGACUGAUAAUACUGACCAGGAUGUAAAAAAAACUUUUUUUUUAUAGAGAGAAAUUAAAAAGUGUAAAGAUAUGUUGACAUCAGGUCUAAACAUCAAAGAAGAAAAUACACAUCUAGGUAAAAAUUUGUAAUAAUAACUAGAACAUGGGGCCAGAAGAAAUUUGUAAGAUUGCUAUGUCUUUUUUCAUAUCACA